GCAGUUGUUGCAUUAACCUGUCUCCUUUAUGGGACUGUGAGCGCACUGUCAAUGGUGUCCUCGUGCUUCCUCUUGCCGGAACACUAUCAUUCUGGGGAAUCAUCAGAGAGCAUGCGGUUUUGUUUACAAUCGUCCUCAGAACACGCCCUUUUCACCACCUGACCCCUGAGGGAAACGUGCAAAUUUGCAUACGAGAAAGUGCGAGAUGACAGCAGUAAUGGCGGGCGCUUUGGUUAGCGUUUCACAGACUCACUUGUAGAUGCGACGCUAGGCAGAGUUGUGUGAUGUUUUGCAAGCCUGAUCCAUCCAGUCAUGACUGUGUCAUGCCUCCCCCGAAAACCCACAUCGGGGCCUACCUGACUGGGGGGUUGCAGGACCUCUAUGACAGAAUCAUCAGGGGCAAGGUUUUACAAACUCCAGACGAUGGGGCACACACUAACGAGAAAGGCCAUUUUUGGCCAGGACAUGAUGGACCAGUGGUUCUGGCACGACGCUAUCACGUAACAGAAGUCCUCAACACACGUGGCCAGUCUGCUGUACUUGUCUUUGCUGAGGAUCUGUUUAAUCAGAACAAAGUUGUUGUGAUCAAGAUUCUCCACACAACCUACUUCAACAUCGGGGCACAGGAAGCGGAAUGUUUGAGACGGCUUGCUGUGUCUGACCCUCACCAUGUUUCUCACACAGUCAAAUUGCUUAAUACAUUUGUGUUUGGAGGACACUUCUGUAUGGUGUUUGAAUCCUUGUCGCCUCAUCCUAUUACUGAAGUAUUUGGUGACCUUCACUUUCCCAACUGUACGCACCUGCACAAGGUAAAGAAGCUGAGCCUCCAGCUAUUGGUUGUUCUGGGCUUCCUCCGACAACAGAACACCAUCCAUGCCGACCUCAAGCCAGAGAACAUACUGCUGAAACACGUCAAUGACCUGAGCUCGGUGACGGUGAUAGACUUUGGGAACUCCAUCCAACAUGUCCACAAAGAAGUGUCUCUGUACUACCGUGAGUUUGAUGUCCAGACUCUGCUCUACAGGGCACCAGAGGUGAUGUUUGGAAUCCCGUUUGGCACCGAGAUCGACAUGUGGUCCCUAGGCUGUAUUCUAGCAGAACUUUAUCUCGGACGACCCCUCUUCUUCGGAAAGACGAAGCCAGAGUUACUAGCAUCAAUAACAUCAAUUCUAGGCCCUUUGCCAAAGGAAGUGUUUCAGAGAGGUAAAUACUCCCGGGAGCUGGCAACAUUCACAGAGGAUGUGGAGCAAGAAGAUGCAACUGCCAAGAUUCUUGAGUGUCUUGAAGGAUCCAAGGAUUAUGCAUUUGCCAACUUCCUGUCCCAGCUCUUCCGAUAUGACCCAGAUGAGAGACUGAGUCCAUCAGAAGCUGCCCAGCAUCCCUUCCUAGCCCAGGAGCUCUGUGUCAGUUUCCUGCUACCUCCAUCAGCCAAGAGACCCCCAUCUUCUAUCCUACUGAACUCCAAGGUGUAUAGACACGGUGUGAAGAUUUCUUCAGAGGUUAAACGUCAGAAUCCGUCAACUUACGAUUUACUAGUUAUGGGAACCGACAGAAAGGUUUGGGAUCAUGGCCACCAUGACACUAGAGUGGCGGAGGUCCAGCCAUACAAGCAGGAGUUGGAUACAGAUCAGCACUCAAAAAGUCAGGGUCCAAAGUCUCCUGACAUGUUUCUAAAUAGUGCUGUUAAAAAAGGGAUAAUCAAGAAGACAGAAGUCAUUCUGAUUUCACUCCUUUCUCCCCAUCAAGAAAGCAAUUAUAUGAGUAUAAAGGAAAGAAAUGAUUCAGGAUUUUAUGAAAGAAUGAAUCUAAAAUCUGAUGACAGUAAUGAUUAUGCCAAAAGAUAUGAGAGAAAGCCAGCAUUUGAUUUGUCCAAGUCCUUGACCUCAAGGUCUCCACAACAAGUGAGAGGUCAAAAAAGGUCAAGGUCACCUAAACAUGUCGAAGUCAAACAAGAUCAAGGUCACCACUGA